AUGGACUGUAAAGAUACACAGGAGUGUGAGACGCUUCACUCUCUGGCCCUUGGAGAAAAUCAAGACAACAACUCCAACACCAAACCAAGCUACAACCUGGUGGAGGAUGCCAAGGAUCAAAGGAGCAAAAGGAAGGCCAGCACUGAUGAAGGAUCUUCCAAGAAAAAGCUGAGGGCUGAUGGUGUUACCAAUGCUAGUGUGCCCUACAGUUUAAUAUCAGACUACUUCAGCACGAAGGGGAGCAAGCGGAAAGCUGACGCUGCUGAAGAAAGCCCCAAUAAAAAGAUCAGGAGCAGCAGUGUGCCAACUGACAGUAACUCAGACGAGUUUGUCAUCGACAGCAGAGAAAGUUCAUCUACUGAUGAGGAUGCAACGUACGACAUGUAUGACUUCUCAGUGAAAACCAGCCGAGCUGAAUUUGAAGCCAAGUACAUUGAGCUUUCUCAGAUCGGCAGGGGCUUCGGAGCCGUAAUGGAAGGCUACAAAACCAAAGACAUGGAACCAGUCGCUAUAAAACACAUUAUAAAAGAAAAGAUCCUCUACACUGAAGUGGUCCAGAAUGGAAAUGUGUUGAAGGUCAUCCAUGAAGUGGCCCUCAUGGUGAAAGCAGCAGGUGGAACUGGAUCACCUGGAAAAUCUGCAGCCAUCUCCCUCCUGGAAUGCUAUGAUCUGGAAGAGGAACUCAUCCUGGUGAUAGAAAGACCACACCCCUCCAUGGAUCUCUACAAGUACCGCAAGGCCAAAGGAGGCAACCUGGCAGAAGAUGAGGCUAAGGACAUCCUGAAGCAGAUGGUGGAUGCUGCCAUCGAGAUGCACACAAAUGGAGUCUUUCACAGGGACAUCAAGUUAGAGAACACCCUCGUCGAAACCAGAUCCAACGUCCCCCGCGUCCGUGUGAUUGACUUUGGCUGCGGUGCCCUCGUUAGAAAGGGAUAUUACCAUAAGUACAUCGGUACCUUCGCAAAAGCACCUCCAGAAUGGUACACAAACGGAGAAUACAAGGCCAGACCAACAACAGUAUGGCAGCUGGGGGCCCUGUUGUACGACCUGAUGCAUAAGGAUUGCUUUGAAACAAUAGAUUUAUUCAAGAAGGGAGUUAAAGUCAACUCCAGUCUGUCCAUAGACUGCCACGACUUCUUGCAGAUGUGCAUGGACCAAGACCCCAACAGACGAGCCACCUUGGAGCAGCUACGCAGCCAUCCCUGGCUCAGAUAA